GAUCCAGCUGUGCAGCACAGACCUCACUGGUCACCUUGGAUGUGGGGGAAACAAGGAGUCCCUGCCCAAGAUCUGGUAGUGCCUUGUGAGAGCAGCAUAGGGUGGAUCAGGAGACCUGGCUCGGGCUCGCAGCACAACAGUGGCUUCUAUGGGCACUCUAGAGGUCAAGUCAAGAGUGAAAGUGCUGGAGAGUAUCGCUGCGCAGCCAAGCCCCAGCCUCCAGCAGCAUUCCUGCAGCGAUGCCAGGAACCAGCACAGCAACACUUCUUCUCCAAGCAUGACAAUCGCACUUCCUACGACAAAGGCCCCUACUGUCUGCUGCAGGGAAUUGGAAGACAGAAAGAUCUGAAGCGCCUGUGGCAGCGGCACACCUUCUUGCGCUGGGCACCCUGUGAACUGGAGCUGAGCCAGCAGCAGCCCCUGCAAUCUUCUUACCAGUCUGAUUUCCAGUCGGGCUCAGGACUUGAUAGCCUUCCCCAGCGCCUUGUUCACUUUGUGCAAAUCCAGCCUCCAUAUGCCAGUACUACCUACCAGCAAAAUUUCUGCCACCCAUCCCUUGGUGGUCGCUGUGGCAUUGACAAGAUAGGACCCCAAGUGCCUGUCACUGACACACUGCCUGACCUCCCAGCGACCCCAAGACCCAAGCUGCUGCAGCACUACCUUCAUCCUGGGGUCUCUGAGUGCCUACACUGGUCCUGAGCAUUAAACAAGGAUAGCUGACA